AUGGCGAGAAAAAACAAUAACCGUAAUUUCAAAAACAAUAACCGUAAUUUCAGAAACAAUAAUCAGAAUUUCAGAAACAACAAUAAUAAAGUUGGAUUUAAUAAUCGAGCUGGUUUUAAUAACGGAGCUGGUUUUAAUAAUAAUAAUAAUGAAGCUGGUUUUAAUAACGGAGCCGGAUUAAGAAACGAUAAUAACGUUGUAUGCUUCAUUAAUUCGAUCCUUCAAGUCCUCGUACAUCUUCCCAAUGCAGAAAGGCAUUUAGAAUCUACCGGCAACCAUCAAUGUUAUUGUAGUCCUGUAUGUAUUUUCAAUGAAUUAAAACGGUUGCGUAUUAAACUUAUGGAAUCACGGCAACCAGUUUAUGCUGGCCCAUUCAUCACCUAUCUUACAGAGACUUUGUCGACAGAAAGCGUUGUUACGAUCUCUGCAGCAACGAAAAAUUCAAUAGAAGAGUGCUUUGAUGAGUAUUGUGAAUCCGCCGAAUUACCUGGUUUCAAGUGCAAUAAGUUUACUUGCAACCAAGAAUUUACGAUAAAAGAAGAGCCAAAUACUCUUAUAGUACAAUUGAAAAGAUUCGGUUUCUCCAGCUCCACGAAGCAAGGAUACAAGAUUUCAAAACGUGUGGAAUUUGGAGAGGGUAAAAAUGUUCGUUAUAAUCUUAGCGCUGUCUUGGUUUCAAUCAAUUCCGUACUCGAGUGUAAGCCCUACGUCCUAUUUUAUACAAAAAUAACAUCUACAUUUCCCGCAUCUACACCAUCAUCAACGAUUAACAUUGACGAUAAACGUGAGGGUGACGAAAAGACUGAUCUUUGCAAGUCUAACGAGAAGACUAAAACUAAAUCAACAUCGUCAACAUCUAAAAUUAACGAUAAACAUGAAAAGACAACCCAUUACGAUCCUAACGAGAUGACUAAAACAAACUCAUUGUCAUCAACAACUAAAAUUAACGAUAAACGUAAUAAAUACAAAAAGACAACGGUUUAUGAUUCUAACGAGAAGAUUAAAACCAAAUCAACAUCUUCAACAUCUAAAAUUAACGAUAAACGUAAUAAAUAUGGAAAGACAACGGUUUAUGAUUCUAGCGAAAAGACUAAAACCAAAUCAACAUCGUCAACGACUAAAAUUAACGAUAAACGUAAUAAAUAUGAAAAGACAACGGUUUAUGAUUCUAACGAGAAGAAUAAACUCAAAUCGACAUCAUCAACGCCUAAACUUAACAAUAAACGUGAUUUUAACGAGAUGAUUAAAGAAAAAUCAUCAUCACCAACGACUAAAAUUAACGAUAAACGUAUUAAAUAUGAAAAGACAACCGUUUACGAGUCUAACGAUAAGAUUAAAACUAAAUCACCACCGUCAACGUCUAAAAUCAACGAUAAACGUGAAAAGACAAUCAUUUACGAUUCUAACGAGAUGACUAAAACUAAAUCACCAUUAUCGACAUCUAAAAAUAACAAUAAACGUUAUAGAGAUGAAAAACCAAAUUUUUACGAGUCCAACAAAAGGACUAAAACAAAAUCACCACCAUAG